UUUAAACUAGUGGACUGUUUUAGAACUAUGCAUCCUGGAGAGGAGGGCCACACCUGGUUCAGUGGUGAUGGCUCUAUGGCCUCUCGUAUUGAUUAUUUCUUCAUCAGGGAUUGCGCCCUAACUGAUGCUAGAUUGUCACCGGUUUUCUUUUCUGAUCACCUCCUUCUGUCCUGUACGCUUUCACUUCCUUCAGGUGCGACGACCGGGAGAGGUCUGUGGAAACUCAACCGCUCCCUGCUGGAAGACCAGGUUCUGGUCGGCCAGUAUCGGGAGCGGUACCGUGAGUGGCAGACCCUCCAAGACCUGUACGAAACACGAGCACAGUGGUGGGAGAUGGUGAAAGGACCGGGAACCAGUGACUCCAGUGCGCGAUCUCCUGUAUGGAGACGCCUCCACCGUUUGGUGCAACGUGAGCCAUCCCGUCCUUCCAAACAGACUCCAGGACCUGUCAUAGGUGGUGGCUCAUGGGAUCCUGCCGGUCAGAGCCGUUAUGCACUCCCGCGGCAUGGCUGCAACGUCCACCUGCCCCCGACCCGGUUGUGGCGCGCCGGAGUCGGUGAGGCACCUGCUGUGGGAGUGCAGCGCUGCUGUGGACCUGUGGGCGAAGGCCGGCUCCUUGCAAUUCCCACACUUGCCAGCAAGGGAGGUCCUCCAUGGGCAGUUAGUGCUGUACGGGGUGAGCCAGCAGAAAAUAAAGAAAAAGGACUUUGCUGAGAUGUGGCUCACCCUAGCCACCAUAAAAGACGCCAUUUGGACCUCCAGAAACUUGCUGGUGAGCAGGCGCAGGCAGAUGCCCCCCGUGGCUGUGAUCCGGAUGGCAGCAG